AUGUAUGCAGCGGUGGAGCAGGGGCCUGUCCUCUGCAGCGACUCCAACAUCCUCUGCCUGUCCUGGAAGGGCCGCGUCCCCAAGAGCGAGAAGGAGAAGCCCGUGUGCAGGAGGCGCUACUACGAGGAGGGCUGGCUGGCCACGGGCAACGGCCGAGGCGUCGUGGGCGUGACCUUCACCUCCAGCCACUGCCGCCGGGACAGGAACACGCCGCAGAGAAUUAACUUCAACCUGCGGGGCCACAACAGCGAGGUUGUGCUGGUGAGGUGGAAUGAGCCAUACCAGAAGCUGGCCACGUGUGACGCAGAUGGAGGGAUAUUUGUGUGGAUUCAGUACGAAGGAAGAUGGUCUGUGGAGCUGGUCAACGACCGAGGGGCUCAGGUGAGUGACUUCACGUGGAGCCACGAUGGAACGCAAGCACUUAUUUCCUAUCGAGAUGGAUUUGUCCUGGUCGGCUCUGUCAGCGGACAAAGACACUGGUCAUCUGAGAUCAACCUGGAAAGUCAGAUCACAUGUGGCAUCUGGACUCCUGAUGACCAACAGGUGCUGUUCGGCACGGCCGACGGGCAGGUGAUCGUCAUGGACUGCCACGGCAGGAUGCUGGCGCACGUCCUCCUGCACGAGUCCGACGGCAUCAUCAGCAUGGCCUGGAACUACCCUACCUUCCUGGUGGAGGACAGCAGCGAGAGCGACACGGACUCCGACGACUACUCUCCGCCCCAAGAUGGCCCCGUAACAUAUCCCGUCCCCGUGCAGCAUAUCAGGCCACUGCUCACCGUCAGCUUCACCUCAGGGGACAUCAGCCUAAUGAACAGCUACGAUGACUUGUCUCCUACUGUCAUCCGCUCAGGACUGAAAGAGGUGGUGGCCCAGUGGUGCACACAGGGAGACCUUCUGGCAGUCGCUGGAAUGGAACGGCAGACGCAGCUUGGUGACCUUCCCAACGGCCCUCUCCUGAAGAGUGCCAUGGUCAAGUUCUACAAUGUGCGCGGGGAACACAUUUUCACACUGGACACACUUGUGCAACGCCCCAUCAUCUCCAUCUGCUGGGGCCACCGGGACUCUAGGCUGCUGAUGGCUUCGGGACCGGCCCUGUACGUGGUGCGUGUGGAGCACCGGGUGUCCAGCCUGCAGCUGCUGUGCCAGCAGGCCAUUGCCAGUGCGCUGCGAGAAGACAAGGACGUCAGCAAGCUGACCCUGCCCCCUCGCCUCUGCUCCUACCUCUCCUCCGCCUUCAUCCCCACCAUCAAGCCCCCCAUUCCAGACCCUAACAACAUGCGAGACUUUGUCAGCUACCCGUCGGCCGGCAACGAGCGCCUGCACUGCACUAUGAAGCGCACGGAGGAUGACCCAGAGGUGGGAGGCCCAUGCUACACGCUCUACCUGGAGUACAUGGGCGGGCUCGUGCCCAUCCUCAAGGGGCGGCGGAUCAGCAAGCUGCGGCCGGAGUUUGUCAUCAUGGACCCCCGGACGGACAGCAAAUCAGAUGAAAUCUAUGGGAACAGCUUGAUUUCUACCAUGAUCGACAGCUGCAACUGCUCGGACUCAAGUGACAUCGAACUAAGUGAUGACUGGGCUACCAAGAAAUCUCCCAAAAUCUCCCAAGCAAGCAAAUCACCCAAACUCCCAAGGAUCAACAUCGAAGCUCGCAAGUCACCCAAGUUGUCCCGGGCUGCUCAGGAGAUGUCCAGGUCCCCGAGGCUGCCGAUGCGCAAGCCCUCCAUUGGCUCGCCCAGCCUGACGCGAAGAGAGUUUCCCUUUGAAGACAUCACUCAGCACAACUACCUUGCUCAGGUCACGUCUAAUAUCUGGGGAACCAAGUUUAAGAUUGUGGGCUUGGCUGCUUUCCUGCCAACCAACCUCGGUGCAGUCAUCUACAAAACCAGCCUCCUGCACCUGCAGCCGCGGCAGAUGACCAUCUAUCUCCCGGAGGUCCGGAAGGUGUCCAUGGACUACGUGAACCUGCCCGUCUUCAACCCCAACGUGUUCAGCGAGGACGAGGACGACCUACCAGUGACAGGAGCAUCUGGCGUGCCUGAGAACAACCCGCCUUGUACCGUGAACAUCCCUAUCGCUCCCAUCCACAGCUCGGCGCAAGCCAUGUCCCCCACGCAGAGCAUCGGGCUGGUGCAGUCCCUGCUGGCCAACCAGAACGUGCAGCUGGACGUCCUGACCAACCAGACCACGGCCAUGGGGGCCACUGAGCACGCCAGUGAGAAUGCCACCCCGUACCCGGUCCCCAACCGCUACUCCAGCCCGGGACAGGUGAUCUUCGGGGGCGUAGAGAUGGGCCGUCUCCUCCCGAACCCCCCGCAGCUGUCCCUGCUGCCGCCCACACAGGGGCCCGUGCAGCUGCCGGGGGAGCACGGAGACCGCGAGCACGAGCACCCGCAGAAGCCCGCCAAGGCGCUGCGGCCGCAGCUGGCCGCUGAGGGGGACGCCGUGGUGUUUGGUGCCCCCCAGGAGAUCCAGGUGGCCAAGCUGAACCCCCCACCGCCUUACCCAGGCACCAUCCCUGCCGCCCCCACCACUGCGCCGCCCCCACCCCCACCGCCGCCCCCGCAGCCUCCCGUGGACGUGUGCCUGAAGAAGGGCGACUUCUCGCUGUACCCCACGGCCGUGCACUACCAGCCGCCCCCGGGCUACGAGAGGAUCACCACCUUCGACAGCAGCGGCAACGUGGAGGAGGUGUGCCGGCCCAGGACGCGGAUGCUCUGCGCGCAGAGCACCUACACCCUCCCUGGCCCCGGCAGCUCGGCCACCCUGAGGCUCACGGCCACCGAGAAGAAGGUGCCGCAGCCCUGCACCAGCGCCACCCUGAACCGCCUGCACGUCCCCCGCUACUCCAUCCCCCCCGGAGACCCGCCCCCCUACCCCGACCUGGCCGGCCCGCUGGUCUCCAGCCGGGUGGCGGCGCCGCGGCUGGACGGCGGCCUCAUCCACGCCACGCUGCGCAGGAACAACCGCGACGUGGUGCUCAAGGCCGCGGCGCCCGCCGAGCCCCCGCGGCUCCACCCGCCCCUGCAGCACCCGCACCCGCACCCCGCCAAGCCCAAGGGCCCCGCACAGUUCCCCCUGCGGCCCCCCGCAGCCCUCUACACCUGCAGCCAGUGCAGCGCAGGGGGUGCGGCCGGCGCGGGGGGUGCGCAGGCGGCCAGCACCUCCCCGCUGGCCUCCCAGUCCUCCUACAGCCUCCUGGGCCCGCCCGAGGGCAACCGCGAGCGCACCGACUACGUCAACUCGGCCUUCACGGAGGACGAGGCGCUGCCCCCACACUGCCCCGUGGACAAGCCGCCACGGCACGCCCCCCCGCCACUGCCUGAGGCUGCUGUGGCCGGGAAGCGGCCGCCCCCGUACCAGUGGGACCCUGUGCUGGGGGAGGACGUCUGGGUGCCUCAGGAGAGGACAGCACAGCCUGCGGUGCCCAACCCCCUGAAGCUGCCCCCCCUGGUCGUAGGUCAGAGCCAGCACCUGGACGUGUCCCGAGUGCCCUUCAUCUCCCCCAAGUCUCCCGCCAGCCCCACUGCCACUUUCCAGACGGGCUAUGGGAUGGGAGUGCCCUACCCUGGAAGCUAUAGCAACCCCCCGCUGCCAGGAGUUCCGGCUCCCUGCUCCUCAAAAGAUGCCCUGUCCCCCACACAGUUUGCACAGCAGGAGCCCGCCGUGGUCCUGCAGCCGGCCUACCCUCCCAGCCUGGCCUACUGCACCUUGCCCCCCAUGUACCCCGGAAGCAGCACAUGCUCAAGUUUACAGCUGCCAUCCAUCGCCUUGCACCCCUGGAAUUCCUACAGCGCGUGCCCGCCCAUGCAGAACCCCCAGAGCACCCUCCCCCCCAAGGCACACUUGGUGGAGAAGCCCCUCGUGUCCCCACCACCCCCCAGUGACCUCCAGAGCCACCUGGGCGCAGAGGUGAUGGGAGAGACCUCGGACAACUUCCAGGAGGUGCUCUCCCUGACGGAGAGCCCCGUCCCCCAGCGGACAGAAAGGUUCGGGAGGAAGAACCGGAAGCGCCUGGACAGCCGGGCGGAGGAGGGGAGCGUCCAGGCCAUCACUGAGGGCAAAGUGAAGAAGGAGGCGCGGACCCUGAGUGACUUCAAUUCCCUCAUCGCCAGCCCCCGCCUGGGCAGGGAGAAGAAGAAGGUGAAGAGCCAGAAGGACCAGCUCAAGUCCAAGAAGUUGAACAAGACGAACGAGUUCCAGGACAGCUCGGAGAGCGAGCCGGAGCUGUUCAUCAGCGGCGAUGAGCUCAUGAACCAGAGCCAGGGCGGCAAGAAGGGCUGGAAGAGCAAGCGCAGCCUGCGCACGGCCAGCGAGCUGGACGAGUUCAAGUGCCGGAAGGCCAGCGAGCGGGAGGACGGGCGGCUGGGCAGCCAGGGCUUCGUGUACGUGAUGGCCAACAAGCAGCCCCUCUGGAACGAGGCCACCCAGGUGUACCAGCUGGACUUCGGGGGGCGCGUGACCCAGGAGUCGGCCAAGAACUUCCAGAUCGAGCUGGAGGGGCGGCAGGUGAUGCAGUUCGGCAGGAUCGAUGGCAAUGCGUACAUUCUGGACUUCCAGUACCCCUUCUCGGCUGUGCAGGCCUUCGCUGUGGCCCUGGCCAACGUGACGCAGCGCCUCAAGUGA